ACAGCAACAGAGUUUAGACUGUCUUUGCUUCAUCAUCUGAAGGCAAAAUUUUCCAGAUACGGCAGACGGCUCUCAGAGUACAAUAAACAGGGAAUGAGAACUAUUUACAUGGAAAUUUCUUCCUCAUGAUGCAGCGGAGAAGCCUCGGCCGCUUGAUUUUGCCAGAUGUUCCUGGGGUUACUGUAAAAGGAAAGGAGAGGCAGAGCUAAACAAGGUUCAAGAUUUAAAAGUGCCUGUGUGAAGUCACUUUUGCUGGAAACCACAGCCCGGGAGCUUUCGUGUUAUCGUGUUUUGCUAUCAAAUACACAUUACCCUGACCUUACGAGUGGAUGAAGAUACCUCAAUUGUCUGGCUUUGCCAAUUGCUUGAUUUCGGAAUUUUAAAAAGUGAAAGGAAAGAGAAAUCCUGCUAAGAUCUGAACAUCUAAGUGGCUUAUUUUCCAGCAUCGUCAAGAGCUGCAUCAGAACUAAAUAUUCUCCCAGGGAGUGCCAUGAUAUUGAAGUCACUUUAUUAGAAACAAUUGUGUCUACAAAACGAUCAGGUGACUCGGACGUUUGCAGCCAGAGAUGACACUGAGCAUGCUUUCAUUGCGGCCCGCAGUCUUCGAGUGGGGCAUAUUGAUUGAUGAGUGACCGCCUGCCGAUAAAUUCUCUCCUCACUCUGUUUCCUGGAUUGGGCUUCUUUAAGCAAUUUGUCACUUACCUUCAGACUUACAUGUGGGAUUUUUCACAGCACUAGUUUUGGAAUCAUUGGAACUUGAUUUGAUUUCAUCAUUUAACAGAAACGAACAGGAUCCAAAUUCUUUUCUCAUCAUGGCUUUGAAUGUUGCCCCGGUCAGAGAUACAAAAUGGCUGACCUUGGAAGUCUGCAGACAGUUCCAGAGAGGAACGUGCUCCCGCUCUGAUGAGGAAUGCAAAUUUGCUCACCCCCCCAAAAGUUGCCAGGUUGAAAAUGGAAGAGUAAUUGCCUGCUUUGAUUCCCUAAAGGGCCGUUGUUCAAGAGAGAACUGCAAGUAUCUUCACCCUCCAACACAUUUAAAAACUCAACUCGAAAUUAACGGGAGGAACAAUUUGAUCCAGCAAAAAACUGCAGCAGCAAUGCUUGCCCAGCAGAUGCAAUUUAUGUUUCCAGGAACCCCACUUCAUCCAGUGCCCACUUUUCCUGUAGGUCCCGCAAUAGGGACAAAUACGGCGAUUAGCUUUGCUCCUUACUUAGCGCCGGUAACCCCUGGAGUUGGCUUAGUCCCAACGGAAAUUCUACCCACCACACCUGUUAUUGUUCCCGGAAGUCCACCUGUCACCGUCCCGGGCUCAACUGCAACUCAGAAACUUCUCAGGACUGACAAACUGGAGGUCUGCAGGGAGUUCCAGCGAGGAAACUGUGCCCGGGGAGAGACUGACUGCCGCUUUGCACACCCCGCCGACAGCACCAUGAUCGACACAAACGACAACACUGUAACCGUUUGUAUGGAUUACAUAAAGGGGCGUUGCAUGAGGGAGAAAUGCAAAUAUUUUCACCCUCCUGCACACUUGCAGGCCAAAAUCAAAGCUGCGCAGCACCAAGCCAACCAGGCCGCGGUGGCCGCCCAGGCAGCCGCGGCCGCGGCCACAGUCAUGACUCAGUCGACUGCCAAAGCAAUGAAGCGACCUCUCGAAGCAUCUGUAGACCUGGCCUUUCCUCCUGGUGCUCUUCAUCCUUUACCAAAGAGACAAGCACUUGAAAAAAGCAACGGUGCCAGCACCGUCUUUAAUCCCAGCGUCUUGCACUACCAGCAAGCUCUCACCAGUGCACAGCUGCAGCAGCACACGGCAUUCAUUCCGACAGAUGAGAAAGCUGAGGCCCCCUAAAUGUGCAGUGACUUCCCAAGGUGGCACUACUAAAGAGAAAAAGACCUAGAACCCAGUUUCCCUGUGACCAGUUCAAUGUACAUGACAUGACACCAGCCAGCCUCCAUAGGCGGAGGCCAGAGUCCUCCUUUAGACCUUGGCAUAAAACAUCGGAUAAAAGUGAAGAAACAAAAGUACAAUGCACGCCAACCCUCCUCUGUUGUUUUACCCACCUCCCUGACCACAGACCUACAUCCACCAUAUACAAACACAAAGAGUCACCAUAAAUGACUGGGGUUUUGACCUUUUAGUCUGAGCUAAAAGAAGGGAUAAUAUUUGCAAAAUAAAAUUUGCUGGAGUGUCAAAAAUAAAAAUAAAAAAAGAACCAGGGAGUGACUUAGGCUUUAGUGAGAAGGCUGUCCACUGAGUUCUUAGUUUGAAGUCAAAAUUUUCAGCCCAUGACAGUGGCUUGAAGGUCAAUCUAAGUGAAUAACAAUCUUAUCAAAAAAAAAAACCAUAUUGAUCCCAAUCCACAUGGGUGGACCUUUCACGUUUAUUAUCCAUUUUCUUAAAUCCUGUAGCGUAUCAGGAAUUAACAUAGGAGGGAGCUGAAUAAAUAUUUCUAUCCUAUUCUUUAUAUAAAAUCUACACUUUGAAAUGAAUUAUUAACCUAACAAUAUUUAUAUUGUAGUAAAAAUAUAAAUUACAUUAGUAAAGUGGUUCUUAGUAUAUAGUUUUCUUAUUUUAGUUCUGCUCUUCUCUUAAAAUAAAUAGACUCAUAGACCUGUAGAAUGAGUCUCCAAAUCAGUAAUUAUUGGGGCUUCAGUCUUGUCCUAUGACAACCUUAAUUAGUGACAUUUCAGUACAGUUAUAGCACAGCAGUGAUUGUACUUGUAAUCCACUUGAUAUAGCAUGUUUAUAAAAUAAUUACUAGAAGGUAAACUUAUCUGAAGGUCCUGUGUGAUUUCUACAAGUGUCUUAUUUGAUAGACCUUGUCACUAGAUAUUUUAAGAGAAAAAAAUUGUGGAAGGAUAUACUGAGGGGAAAAACAGAAAAGGACAAGUCUGUUUCUGAAGACUGGGUAGUAAUGCCACUACCAUUUCCUGGGAAUGCCUCUGAAACCCUGGAGCUAAGCCAUGCAAAAGGCUGAAGGCCUCUAACUCAUAUUUAACACUUCAAUAAUGACUGACUUGUUAAAUCACUGGAAGAAUUCUCAUUUAAAAAUAUUUCACCUGGAAACCAUUUAAAGACUUCCAAAGCAAGAACGAAUAGCGUCCCUUUUGCAAGGGCCUGAUUAUUGUUGAUGAAAUGCUUGUAUUGAGGACCCAAAGGCUGUUCUGGGUGCUGUGGUUGUGCAUGCACUUCCUCCCCCUGCUGGACUCUUUAAGAACUGUUCAAGUGUGUCCAGCAACUCUCCAUAGAGCGGGCUUUGGGAGAAGAAAAGUGGGUCCUAGCCCGCUUAAUUCUGUGGAUUAGAAGUAUUUCCAUCUGUAACAUGACAUAAAUAUCAUAGUGAACAAACAUGUGGAUCUCAUGCUCUGAAAUGGUAUUUCAACUUCUAUGAAGUUUUCACGUUUCUCUUAAAUGAUGAAAGGAUAAUCUUAUUAAAAGGAAAUCAGCAUAGUCCUUCCCCCCAUUAAAUCCAUAACAGAAAAUUCAGUGUUUAUUUUGGCUCUAGUUUUUAUUUCAGGCACUCUUUCUCAUAAGCCACAUUUUCAACCUAAUUUAAAAUGAUAAUGAUAAUAAUCAUUCUUUGUUAAUCAUUGUUUUAAACUCUGAAAAUUAAGUGAUGGUGUUCAAAAAUAAUUUUUUUUAACUUAGUAAAUGAGGGGCUCAUUGCUUUUAAACUGACAGAUUUUGAUUUUUCUAUAAAUGCUUUACAUUAACAAUUAUCAUAAAUGUGAAACAAAAAACCAUUUUAUGUUCUCCUGGAAGUUACCCUUUAUUGAAAGGUCAUUCACAGUGAAGUUUCUGAUAUGCUGCUAAAAUUCUCCCAUUGAUACAAUGUGACUUUGAAUUUCAGGGAUUCUGCCUCCAGGCUGUGGAGAUAUUAAUUUAAAAUAUUAUGCAAAAUAUGGGAUUCUUCUCCAAACCCAUGCUAAUAUAAUUAUCACCCUGGUUGAUGCCCUAGCACAUUUGCAGUGGGUGGAAUUUUUCCUUUUUUGAUAGGCAUUAUUUUAACCUAGUGGUUAUACUUUUUCUUUGCUAUGUUAGGAAAGUGACAAAAACCACACACACAGAAAUAGCAGCAUAAUAAUUCUUGGCAUUUCUCUGACAGGUUUAUUCUGAGUUCCUCUAAGUGUUCUUAUCUCAUUAUCCUUCAAGAUAGUUCCGCCAAGUGGCAGGCGUAAUUAUUUGCAUUUUGCAGAUGGGAAAACUGAGGCUAUGCCUUUGCUGUAAAGUGGAAUAUAUGAUUCAUGGAAUUGUCCAGAUAAUUCUACUCACAGAUUCUAGAGUGGAAAUGUUUGUGCAACUGAAGCAGAAGACAAUUGAGAAGUCUUUGUUAAUAGAAUUAGUGCCUUAGUGAAAUGCUUCUGCCGGUCAGAGCAAAGACGACCUACUGACUCUCUCCUUGAUUUAUUUCAUUAUAUUGGAAAUACAGAGUAAGUAGAACAGGGAAGUGCUAGCACAAAUACUGCCUAACGAUCAGAAACCAGACUAUUACAUAAGCUUAUCACACACCUUGGUGAAAGAUUUGUCAGUGUUUAGUGGAAACCCUAUCUGUAUAACCAUAGCAAAAUGUAUUUAUCCUGUUGAAUUCAGCAAGCCACUGUUGAACACAUAGUCUGUUCUGGGUUCCAAAGCCAGUAGGGGCAUACAACGGAGUUCAGAACAAGGCAAAAACCAAAUAUAAUGCAAAGCGUGAAGGGCUACCUUAGGGAAUGGGCAAAGCGAUUUGAGAAUGAGGAAGCAAGAGACAAUGUAUUUGGCCAUCAGAUGUGCAGUAGGUGGUGGCGACGAAGGAUAUGGAGAAAGAAAGACUUUCCAAAGGAGGAGAAAUUUGCUUAGGACUUUGAAAGGAAAAUUUUACCAGUGUGGGAAGAGCAUCCCAGGCAGGGGGAACAGCAUGGAUUGGGAAGAGUGUACUUGAGGAAUAACAAGUUGUCCGUUGUAGCUCAGUGUAAAGUACUGAAGGGGCUGU